CUUAGCAACUUGAUGUCAACACUUGUGUCAGGGAUAUUUUUCAACGACAACGUAAAGAUUUCUAGCAGCAGCGGAUAUAUAAAUUGAAUUUAACAAGAUUGAAAGUUGAAACAGAUGAUAAGGACCGCAUGGACUAUUAAUUAAGAAUGGUAUAAGUUUCAAUUGUAAAUAGAAAGAUAAUUUGAAUGAUGGCACCCCUCUUAGAAGAAGAAGAGAAUUAUGUACGAUUAGCUUUGUUAUUGAAAGGAGUGGCACCAAGAGCAGUCCGUACUUAUUUUGAUAGAGAAUUUCCACCUACUCAUCUACCUUCAACACUGAAUACAAACUACAACACUCUUCAGGAUUUAAAAUUAAAGAGAGUUUUGAACCAGGCUCAGUGGAAUCUGUUGUUUCCAACAAAUGGUGUACCCGUUUCUACAACAUUUGAUGUAACAUUGAUGAUUUGCUUGAUCAGAAACCUGACAUCGGUUACUCAACCAAUCAAUGGCUUUGACAGUUUACCACUACCAGUGGAGACAACUCCAGGACCUGAUCUAGCAAGGAUUAAAUGGUACAGGAAUAUAUUAGCCCAUCAUGAUAGUAACAAAAUGGCCACUGGUGAUUUCAAUACAGCAUGGAGUAAUAUAUCUGAUGCAGUAAGUAGACUCGGUGGUCAGCCAAUGAAUCAAGAGUGCCAAGAGUUAAAGGUUAAAAUAUUAGAUCAGUCCAAUCAAGAAAUUAUGUUGGAAAUCAAACAUUCACAGGAAAAGAUAAAAGAAUUAGGACAAACAGUGGAUAUUUUGGGGACAAAACACUCAGAAGUGACGGAAAAUCUGAGGAAGUUACAAGUUUCCCACAAUAGUUUACAGACUGAACACACGGAAGUCACAGAACUUUUGAGAGACCCAAUACCGUGGAACAUCAGAGAUCAAAUUAAAGAGGAAUUAAAAACUUGGACAGAAGAUGACAAAAUGUUUAUAGAAACAAAUGGAGCAAAGAGUGUAUUAAAAUGUAUCAAAGAAAAUGGUUGCGUUUUUGUCACCGGAAGUUCGGGAACAGGAAAAUCAUCAUUGAUGCGUCAUGUUGCUCUACGAAUGCAAGAAGAAGGCUAUGUUAUUUUACCGGUAACAAACCCUGAAAAAAUUAUCAAGUGGUACAAUCCAAGUAAGAAAAUCCUGUUUGUUGUGGAUGACUUUUGUGGAACAUAUACCAUAAAUCCUACAAAGUUGGAAAGCUGGAAAAAUCUAAUGGAAAAAAUCAAAACAUUGAUAGAAAAGAAACCAGUCAAAUUAAUCAUGUCUUGUAGACUUCAGGUUUUCAAGGAUGAAAAGAUGAAGUCUUUAUCAUUUUGUCAAUCCUGUGAAUGCAAUCUUUUGUCUGAAGAUAUACGUUUAUCGAAAAAAGAAAAACAAUCUAUUGCUGAACUUUACAUGAAAACAAAGGCUUCUGAGAUCAAGGAAUUUUAUGACAUGUUUGACUGUUUUCCUCUUUUAUGUCAAUUAUACAGUAAAAACACAAAUCUAAGAAUGGUAGAUUUCUUUCAGAAUCCAUUUACAGUUUACAAAGAGGAGAUAGAUAAAUUACAGACAGAUGAAGCACAUGUCAAAUACUGUGCACUUGCUCUUUGUGUGAUGUUUAACAAUCGUUUGAAAGAAGAAUGGCUCACAGAAGAUGUUGAUAAAGAUGUAACAAAAAUCAUAGAGAACACCUAUGAAGCUUGUAAAGUGGUGAAAGGAACAUCUCGAUUGGUAGUUCGUGAUGAGCUGGAUUUACUUACCCAUACGUUUAUCAGAAAGGAUGGUGAAGUGUACAGAACUAUUCAUGACAAGCUGUUUGACUUUCUCGCUUUUUACUUUGGCAGUGUUAUGAUUUAUUGUUUAAUUAAUAAUGCUUCAAGUCAUUUUAUUUGUGAAAGGUUUGUUUUUGAAAAAAAAGACAAAAGAGAUGAAUUUUUAAUAGAUGUAUCAGAAAGAUAUCAGCAAAUGUAUAUAAAUAGAUUGAUAGACGACUGGUUUAGAGGAAAGAUAGAAGAUGUCUUCUGUAACAUCAAUAUGGAUGAUCAAAUCUUCAGACAAAGAAUCCUUGUACAUUUAAAAGGUUUAGAAAUACUAAAACAGAAACAAUUGGCUAGUCUAUAUGACACACAAUAUCAAGACACUCCAUUAAUACAGAGUUGUUAUAUAGGAGAUAUUGAUCUGGUUACAUGGUGCUUAUAUCAUUGUACCAAUAAUGUAAACCAUUGUAGACAUUCUGGAGUAUCACCUCUGUUCAUGGCUUGUCAUAAAGGACAUACUGAAGUAGUACAGGUGUUAAUUACCAACAAGGCUGACAUUAAUAAGUGUAGAGAUGAUGGAUCAUCACCUCUGUUCAUGGCUUGUCAGGAAGGACAUACUGAAGUAGUGCAGAUGUUAAUAAACAAUAAGGCUGACAUCAAUAAGUGUAGAGAUGAUGGAUCUUCACCUCUGUUCAUGGCUUUUCACUUAAGACAUGAAGUAGUACAGAUGUUAAUAAACAAUAAGGCUGACAUUAAUAAGUGUAGAGAUAAUGGAGUAUCACCUCUGUUCAUGGCUUGUCAGGAAGGACAUACUGAAGUAGUACAGGUGUUAAUAAACAAUAAGGCUGACAUUAAUAAGUGUAUAGAUAAUGAUGGAGUAUCACCUCUGUUCAUUGCUUGUCAGAAAGGACAUACUGAAGUAGUACAGAUGUUAAUAAACAAUAAGGCUGACAUUAAUAAGUGUAGAGAUAAUGAUGGAGUAUCACCUCUGUUCAUUGCUUGUCAGAAAGGACAUACUGAAGUAGUACAGAUGUUAAUAAACAAUAAGGCUGACAUUACUAAGUGUAGAGAUACUGGAGCAUCACCUCUGUUCAUUGCUUGUCAGAAUGGACAUACUGACGUAGUACAGAUGUUAAUAAACAAUAAGGCUGACAUUAAUAAGUGUAAUGAUGAUGGAGCAUCACCUCUGUUCAUUGCUUGUCAUGAAGGACAUACUGAAGUAGUACAGAUGUUAAUAAACAAUAAGGCUGACAUUAAUAAGUGUGAUAAUAAUGGAGCAUCACCUCUGUUAUAUGCUUGUCAUGAAGGACAUACUGAAGUAGUACAGAUGUUAAUAAACAAUAAGGCUGACAUUAAUAAGUGUGAUAGUAAUGGAGCAUCUCCUCUGUUAUAUGCUUGUCAUGAAGGACAUACUGAAGUAGUACAGAUGUUAAUAAACAAUAAGGCUGACAUUAAUAAGUGUAGAGAUAACGAUGAAUCAUCACCUCUGUACAUUGCUUGUCAGAAUGGACAUACUGAAGUAGUACGGAUGUUAAUAAACAAUAAGGCUGACAUUAAUAAGUGUGGUAAUGAUGGAGCAUCACCUCUGUUAUAUGCUUGUCAGAAUGGACAUACUGAAGUAGUACAGAUGUUAAUAAACAAUAAGGCUGACAUUAAUAAGUGUGGUAAUGAUGGAGCAUCACCUCUGUUAUAUGCUUGUCAUGAAGGACAUACUGAAGUAGUACAGAUGUUAAUAAACAAUAAGGCUGACAUUAAUAAAUGUGGUAAUGAUGGAGUAUCACCUCUGUUAUAUGCUUGUCAGAAUGGACAUACUGAAGUAGUACAGAUGUUAAUAAACAAUAAGGCUGACAUUAAUAAGUGUGGUAAUGAUGGAGCAUCACCUCUGUUAUAUGCUUGUCAGAAUGGACAUACUGAAGUAGUACAAAUGUUAAUAAUCAAUAAGGCUGACAUUAAUAAGUGUGGUAAUGAUGGAGCAUCACCUCUGUUAUAUGCUUGUCAUGAAGGACAUACUGAAGUAGUACAGAUGUUAAUAAACAAUAAGGCUGACAUUAAUAAGUGUAUGAGAUCAGGAGUGUCCCCCAUAUUUAUAGCUUGUUAUAAAGGUUAUAUAGAGAUUGUUGAAUUGUUGUUAAAACAUGAAGCAGAUUGUAACAUUAAAUGGGAAGGACUAACACCACUAGAUAUUGCUAGAAGAGAAAAUCAUACUGAUAUUGUACAUUUGUUACAAAAAAAUAGAAAUAUUAAAAUUCAUUAGAAGUUCGGUGAACAUGAUAAAAUAGAUCAAUAGAACUAUUCUGCUUAUUAAUUAUAAUUAAACAAAAUAAACCUGUCAUCAUUAAAUAUAAUUGCUAGCUAGAAGAGAAAAUCAUACCAAUGUUGUUUGUUUGUUAAAGAGACUAAAUAGAUAAAAACUGUGAUGUGUAUAUUAAACAUAUAUGAUUUCACAGCACAUUUAACUUAUUGGCCAUAAACAUUACUAAAUGGAAAAUAACUCUCAAAAUACUUUUGUUGUGCAUUGUUAAAAACAUUCUAUGUAAUAAAACCAUGUUGCUUAGUUUUCGAUUUUGAUAUAAAAUUCUGUCUAAUAGCUCAUUAGACAGUUAGACUUGCAAUUUGGUGUACGUUAUUUUUGGUCAGUUUUGACAUUUAUAAUUGAGUUUACCAAAGCAUGCAUAGAUUCUUUUUGUCUUGCAACAAAUGGCAUUGGUGUAAACCUUUUUUGUAUGAAAUUUUAUAUUUCAAAAGGUGAGAAUAAUCCCUAAAAUGGACUGGCAAUUGAUUAUUUGCACCCAUUAUUUCCUGAAUAUAACAAGUGUAGUUGAAAUGUAUUUGUAUGUUCCCCGUAGGGGAGGGGGCAUUAAGUUUUACCAUUGUCCGUCAGUACGUCCCAAAGUUGGUUUCCGUUCUCUAACGUUAGUUUGCCUCAACCAAAUGUUAUGAAACUUACAAACAAUGAUAACUACCACAAAACACAGAGAUCAAGUUUGAAUUUUGGUGGCGUCACAUCACUCGUUCUAGAGUUAUUAU